CUACUCCUACCCCAAGUUCAGGAAACCUCUUAACCCCUGAGAGCUAGGAGGAGGAAACAGUGAGAUAAGGGAGUGGAGAGCUGCAGGCUUUGGCUCAGACCAGGCCCGCAGUCUGUAUCUCUUCAGUUCUUUUAAUUGUCCCCUGUACUUAGAGACAGGUUAAGGAAUUCAGAUGGUGAGAGGACUCCUUCCUUCCUUCCCUACAUGUGGAUGUGUGAAUUAUUGUUCUGGUCUCUUCUCACAAAGCCUACUGGUCCUGGCCCCCACCAACUGAUAACCCCUCCUUUUUCUCUUCUGUGAUACCCUGAAAAGACCAUCGGCUUCAGAAUCAUCCUUGUCUAAUUUUGAGUCUGAGCACACCACCAUUUAAAUACCUUAGGUAAAUUGUAUACUUGUUUUUAAGCCCAAGGGCUCACCAGUAGAACAGGGUAAGGCUUACUUCUUGGGGAAUUGAAACAGUUUUAGUUUGAAACAGGCCUGGCUUGUAGUAAACACUUAAGGAUGUCAGGUUUUUCUCCUACUCCUCCCUUCACACAGUCAAAACCAAAGCCUGCCUUCUGAAAGUUACCAGGCACAGGAAAUGUGGGGUUCCAGCAGUCUCCUUCUGAGAUUCUUGGUGACAUUUUGAGCUUAUCACACUGCUCCUUAUUCCUUGGCCCUCUCCCCAACUCCCUCUGUCCCUCUACCCUUGGGUUUCAAGUUUUGUUUUUGCAUAGCUUCUGUGGUCCAUAGUUCUGGCUCUUAUUUUCUCAGCCUAAGGAAGUUCUUCAAGAACUUUCUUACUAGAAGUCACUGGAUAUGAAACAAGCGUGGAGUAAGUAGGGUUGGUUGGCCAAGGGGCCUUGAAUAAAAAAACUCAGGUGAUUUCUCCUUUGGGAAUGUGGAGUGACCAACCUGGGAUUACACCAGUGUCCAUCUAAGCGGUAAAAACACUGGGAUUUAGUUAGGUCAGGGAUGUGGUUUUGGAGGGAAAAAAGGAAGUCUUUAAACUGUAAAGGGCAUGAGGUGGAAGUAGGUGAGCUCCAUCUUGGGAAUUCAGUACAGGCAUCGGGGGAACUCAGGAGAAGGGAGGGAAUGGGGACGGAUGUGUGAAAAAGGGUUUUUAUCACCGCAUGGGUGUGGGGUGGCUCACCUGGGAAGCGAGGAAGUGAGAAGAUGUAGGCGGGCUUGCCUUCACACGAGGUCUGGGGGCAGCCCCACACGGUGGCUGAGGACGCCCUCCUACGCGGCCGAGGGGCUGCGGGAGGGAGGAGCCUGGGGCUGUGGGCGGGGCCCGAGGAUCCGCCCCGCCUCCGCCUUCCCGCGCGGUCUCCGGCGCUCAGCUCGCCGCCCUCCCCUCCCUUCCGCGCUCGUGCCUGAGGGCGGAGCUGGGCUCGCUCCAUUGUGGAGAGGAGGGGAGAGGCGCGCGGAAGCCGCGCGGAGGCCUUGUAGCCAGUACGCUACCUCCUGGCCGCCGCGGCUGCACCUGGCCGGCCCCGCAGCCGGGAUGCAGCAGGCGUCCGGGACUGGCGGGCAGCGCAGCGGCUCCGGGGACAUGUGCGCUGGCCCAGACCGUGUGUGACCAUGAGCUUUACCGCCCGCGUCUCCUGCUCUAUGCUCAGCUGCUUCGGUGAGGAGGGGCCCCCCAGCCUGGAGUACAUCCAAGCCAAGGAUCUGUUCCCCCCCAAGGAACUAGUGAAAGAGGAAGAGAAUCUGCAGGUGCCCUUCACAGUGCUGCAGGGUGAGGGGGUAGAGUUCUUGGGCCGGGCAGCCGAUGCCCUCAUUGCCAUCUCCAACUACCGGCUGCAUAUCAAGUUCAAGGAUUCUGUCAUCAAUGUCCCCCUCCGGAUGAUUGACAGUGUGGAAAGCCGUGAUAUGUUCCAGUUGCACAUUGCCUGCAAGGACUCCAAAGUGGUGAGAUGCCACUUCUCCACUUUCAAGCAGUGCCAAGAGUGGCUUUUGCGGCUAAGCCGGGCCACAGCAAGACCUGCCAAGCCUGAGGACCUCUUUGCCUUUGCCUACCACGCUUGGUGCCUGGGGCUGAUGGAGGAGGACCAGCACACCCACCUGUGUCAGCCAGGAGAGCAUAUACGAUGUCGGCAGGAGGCCGAGCUCACAAGGAUGGGCUUUGACCUGCAGAACGUCUGGAGAGUCUCACAGAUCAACAGCAACUAUAAAUUGUGCCCCAGUUACCCCCAGAAGCUGUUGGUUCCUGUGUGGAUCACAGAUAAAGAGCUGGAGAACGUGGCUUCCUUCCGCUCCUGGAAGCGGAUCCCUGUGGUUGUGUACAGGCACCUACGCAAUGGGGCUGCCAUCGCCCGCUGCAGCCAGCCUGAGAUCAGCUGGUGGGGCUGGCGCAAUGCUGAUGAUGAGUACCUGGUCACGUCCAUUGCUAAAGCUUGUGCCUUGGAUCCGGGGACAAGGGCCACUGGAGGCUCCCUCGGCACCGGGAAUAGUGAUGCCAGCGAGGCAUGUGACACUGACUUUGACUCCUCCUUGACUGCAUGCUCCGGAGUGGAGAGUGCAGCGGCCCCUCAGAAGCUGCUGAUCCUGGAUGCUCGGUCCUACACGGCGGCAGUAGCUAACCGGGCCAAGGGUGGAGGAUGUGAAUGUGAAGAGUACUACCCCAACUGUGAGGUUGUGUUCAUGGGAAUGGCCAACAUCCAUGCCAUCCGGAAUAGCUUCCAGUACCUCCGGGCUGUGUGCAGCCAGAUGCCUGAUCCCAGCAACUGGUUGUCAGCACUGGAGAGUACCAAAUGGCUGCAGCACUUGUCGGUGAUGCUGAAGGCAGCUGUGCUUGUGGCUAACACAGUAGACCGGGAAGGCCGGCCUGUGCUGGUGCACUGCUCAGACGGCUGGGACCGGACGCCACAGAUUGUUGCCCUGGCCAAAAUACUUCUGGACCCAUAUUACAGGACACUGGAGGGCUUCCAAGUAUUAGUAGAGUCUGACUGGCUGGAUUUUGGGCACAAGUUUGGAGAUCGCUGUGGUCACCAGGAAAAUGCAGAGGACCAAAACGAGCAGUGUCCUGUGUUCCUCCAGUGGCUUGAUUCUGUUCAUCAGUUGCUCAAGCAGUUCCCCUGCCAGUUUGAGUUUAACGAAGCAUUCCUGGUAAAACUGGUGCAGCACACGUACUCCUGCCUCUAUGGCACAUUCCUGGCCAACAACCCCUGUGAGCGGGAGAAACGCAACAUCUAUAAGCGGACCUGCUCUGUGUGGGCUCUCCUGCGAGCUGGCAAUAAGAACUUCCACAACUUCCUUUACACACCGGGCUCAGACGUGGUCUUGCAUCCUGUGUGUCAUGUCCGGGCCCUGUACCUCUGGACAGCUGUGUACUUGCCAGCAUCGUCUCCAUGCACACUUGGCGAGGAGAGUGUGGAUCUUUACCUUUCCCCAGUGGCUCAGAGUCAGGAGUUCUCUGGCCGCUCCCUGGACAGAUUACCUAAAACCAGAUCUAUGGAUGAUCUUCUUUCUGCCUGUGAUACAAGCAGCCCCUUGAUUCGCACAUCCAGUGAUCCUAACCUGAAUAACCACUGUCAGGAGGCCAGAGUAGGCCUGGAGCACAGGCACAGCAAUCCCGAGGGAUCAGAGGCAACCUUUGUGGACUCUGGGAUAGGAGGGCCUCAGCAGAUUGUAGGAGAAAUGGGUCUUCCAGUCCCUCUGCCCAGCAGCCAGAAAGACUCCUUAAGCAAUAAACCUUUCAAGAGUCAUAAAAGCUCUUCUCCAAGUUACAAACUGCUGAAUACCACAGUGCCCCAGGAAAUGAAGAGCAACACCCCUGAGCCUGAGAUCAAAGUCCUGGAAGAGACUAAGGCACCAGCUCCAGACCCUUCUGCCCAGGAUGAUCUGGGUAGGACUUUAGGUGGCACAGAGGAGCAACCUGGACAUUCUCCUGAAAAAGAAGCUGUCAGUGCACUUUCUAAAGUCAUUUCCAACAAGUGUGACCGAAUUUGUGGUUUUCCUGAGUCUUCCCAGGACUUCCUUACGGGCACCCCACAAUGGACCCAGCUAGACUCUGUGCUUGGUGUGCCCUCCAGAUGUGCCCCGGAUCACAUUCUGGGAACCCUUUGCAACCUACCGAGUGCUACUUGCCAAACUCCUCCAGACCCAAGCACUGAUUUCUUUAGUCAAGAUCCCCCAAGGUCUGUGGGAAGUAUCUACCACAAGGAGCAGCCCAGUUCUGUGCCAGAUCUGAUUCUUGGUGAGGAAGACACUGGCAAAAGAGGGAAUACUAGGAACAGGCAGUUAUUAGAAAAUCCUUGCUUUGGGAAAGUGCCAUUGGAAUUGGCCCGAAAGCCAAUUUCUCAGAGCCAGAUCAGUGAGUUCUCUUUUCUAGGGUCCAACUGGGACAGCUUCCAUGGGAUGGUGACUUCAUUCCCAAGUGGGGAGACUAUUCCACGGCGGCUGCUCUCCUAUGGCUGUUGUAGCAAGAGGUCAAGCAUUAAGCAGAUGCGGGCAACAGGGCCCUGCUUUGGGGGCCAAUGGGCUCAGAGAGAAGGAGUGAAGUCACCAGUCUGUUCUAGUCAUUCCAACGGUCACUGUACUGGUCCAGGAGGAAAAAAGAACCAGCUGUGGUGGCCUGGUCACCGAAAGCAGGUCUCCAGCAUAAAGUCUGUUCCAUUGAGCUGUCCUUCUCCAGUGCCUCCUCUUUACCUGGAUGAUGAUGGACUCCCCUUUCCCACGGAUGUGAUCCAGCACAGAUUACGGCAAAUUGAAGCAGGGUACAAGCAAGAAGUGGAACAGCUACGUCGACAGGUGCGUGAGCUUCAAAUGAGGCUGGAUAUCCGUCACUGCUGUGCGCCUCCAGCAGAGCCCCCCGUGGACUAUGAGGAUGAUUUUACAUGUUUGAAAGAGUCAGAUGAUAGUGAUACAGAAGAUUUUGGCUCUGAUCACAGUGAAGACUGCCUUUCAGAAGCAAGCUGGGAACCUGUUGAGAAGAAAGAGACAGAGGUGACCCGGUGGGUUCCAGAUCAUAUGGCGUCACAUUGCUAUAACUGUGACUGUGAGUUCUGGUUGGCCAAACGGAGACACCAUUGCAGAAAUUGUGGGAAUGUGUUUUGUGCUGCCUGCUGCUACCUGAAGUUGCCCAUUCCUGAUCAACAACUCUAUGACCCAGUUCUCGUCUGUAACUCAUGUUAUGAACAUAUCCAAGUAUCUCGUGCCAGAGAACUCAUGAGCCAGCAUCUGAAGAAACCCAUUGCUACUGCUUCCAGUUGAAUGCCAGAGAUGACCUGUCCAGUUGUAGUAGGUUUGAAGGGAGGAUCUGCUCCGGGUUUAAUUUUGAAGGUUCCUUGGUGUGGCUCACAAAAUUGCAGAGCUCAAAGAUACUGUCUUGAGAAAUCUUCCUUGGUACCAUGAGACUGGAGCAGUUUGGCAGGAGGUCCUCUACCUGGGAGACUCUCACCUUGGGGGUAUGGUCCCAAUCCAGACCCAGAGUCUGGAAGCUUAAUGUUGAGUUGGUGACUCUGGCUUCUUUCCCUGGGGGUCACAAGACGAUAAUUUCAUAGAUCCUGCCUGAUGAUGCGUGCCCCAGACAGCAAUAGAAAGGCAUAUAUGUAUAACCAAACUCCAAGGGAUAACCAGACUCAUUGCUCCUUCAUUUUGAAAAAGUAUAUAAGAUAGGAAUUCUUACCCAAUUUGAAGUGAACUGUACCCUGUACCCCUGUGCUCUGUGUCUGUGCAUGAAGGCUCAGUCUUUAGAGGCACUUCCUCUAGUUACAUUAGUUCUGUCUUUCUGUGGAGUUUGGUUGAAAGACUGGUUCAGCAAGUGGAGCUUUUGCUGUAUUUUUCACUUGGCUCAUGGGCCAGCAUCAGUGAAUAUUCAGUUUAGGGGGACAGUUCUAAGGAGUGAGACAUUUUGGGGAGCAGAAGAAAAUUCUGUUGAUGUUCAGUCCUGGCAAAAAUCAGUUUUUUGAGCUGUGAAGGCAAUAGUCUCUAUUACUCAAUGGCAGCUUUUGAGGUAUGCACUGUGAAGAAUGAGAAGGGAAAUGCAGAAAUUAUCCUUGUGAAAUAUUUGCUGAUUGUGCCCUCCCCUUUGCGCCUGACUUCCUAGUUGUCCUGGUGCUAACACAGGAGCUACACCUUGAUCCUCUCCUGGCAUGAAAAUAAAGUAAUGUUUAUUUUUGUUGUUCCACCGCCCACUUCCCUCAUGUUGUCCUCCCCUUGGCUGCUCCCUCCUCUGGGUCACACUGCUUCUUAUCCUGAACACUUGACACCUUGAGGGUAGAAUUUAGUGUUUGGUUUUUACCUCCUAGAAUAUGCUGUUUGGUAUGUGAGGGUUUCAGUACAAAUGCUGCUGUCUAUUUCUGUGCACUUAAUAAUGGAACCCAAACAGAAGAGAAAAAAGCCUUGAUACCAAAAUUGAGAGAAAAUGUGUCCAUUUGGACCAAGUGUUGUUUUUUUUUGUUUUUGUUGGGUUUUUUUUUUUUUCCAUCUUAAAAUAUGUACCAGUGACACUUAACCAAAAGAUACAGUGAUAAAGCCAUGUACUGUGGUUGGGACAGAUACAAUCUCCUUGACCUAUAAUGAAACCACUGGGAUUUCCUUUAUACGUUUUCCUUAAUCCAUUGACGUAUAGAAGGUAAAUUAUAUUUAGGCUUAUCCUGUUUGAAAAUUGAUAGCUGUCUGCCUAACUCUACUUUCAUAUUGCUUCCAGGAAAAAAAAUUUUCAUUCAGAAAUAACUAGGAUGUGCAUUUAGAACAAGAAUUCUUAUUCAUCCUGACCUUUUCUUUAGUCCUACAGAGAAGCAUCUGUGCUUUUUAUACGUGCCAUGAUGUAACCUAAAAAGUUUUGAGGUAUUUAGGUCAACCUAGCAGAACUUUUUAUCAUUUAAUGUGUCUGGGAGAUUUUGUGUCUGGGAAAUUCCUGAGAUCAUUGAAGAAGUAACAAGCUAUUCCUUGUCUCUGAUAUGUAAAAUUCUUCUAAGCAUUUUCUCAAUCAUUAAAACUUAGUGCCAGUUCUAAGUGGCUUCUUAAUUUCAUUGCAUUUCAUGCUGCCCACUUUUAGGGGAAAUUGGUAACAUUCAAGGAGACUGUUAUCUGUCUACUUUGUGUAGCUGUUUUGAGGAGCUGUUCCAUCAGUGAACAUACUGCAUGGCCUGGGAGAGAGACUGGGCUCUCGGCUCAGAUAUAUUCAUCAAAUACUCCUUUCAGAGCUCUUGUGGGUGUAAGUGACACGAUGUGGCCAAAAACCCAAACUGUGCAGUUGCGUUGUGACAAACAUGCAAUGUGCUGUAAAAACUCAAUACAAUUUAAAUAAAAUCUCUAUAUUA